GCCCGCACACUCGCGCACACUCGCGCUCGGGCGCACACGGAACUGGCACAGGCGCCCGGAGCGAGCCAGCGAGCGGCGAGCCGGGCACCCACCGCGCCGAGCCAGCCGAGGAGCCAGCGAGCCGCGCCCGCGACGACCGACGCCCCCCGAGUCCCGCAGCCGCCCCCCGCCGGCCGGUGUCCCCGCCGUCCUCCCUGACCCAUGGCGCUGAAGCGGAUUCAGAAAGAAUUAAGUGACCUACAGCGUGACCCACCUGCUCACUGCUCCGCCGGACCUGUGGGAGACGACUUGUUCCACUGGCAAGCAACUAUUAUGGGACCUCCUGAUAGCGCAUAUCAAGGCGGAGUCUUCUUUCUCACUGUACACUUUCCGACAGACUAUCCUUUUAAACCACCAAAGAUUGCUUUCACAACAAAAAUUUAUCAUCCAAACAUAAACAGUAAUGGAAGUAUUUGUCUUGAUAUCCUGAGGUCACAGUGGUCACCAGCUCUGACUGUAUCAAAAGUUUUAUUGUCCAUAUGUUCUCUACUUUGUGAUCCUAAUCCAGAUGACCCCUUAGUACCAGAUAUUGCACAAAUCUAUAAAUCAGACAAAGAAAAAUACAACAGACACGCAAGAGAAUGGACUCAGAAAUAUGCAAUGUAAAAUAAAAACAUUUUUCAUAUAUACCAGAGUACUGUAAAAUCUAGGUUUUUUUCAAUAUUAGCAGUAAAUUGAGCACUGUUUACUGUUUCAUUGUAUCAUGAAAUCCUUUGAUUUUUAUCCAUUUUAAAUGUAUUUCUGAAGCAAGACUAAACAAACUUCCAAAAAUACCCUUAAGACUGUGAUGAGAGCAUUUAUCAUUUUGUAUGCAUUGAGAAAGACAUUUAUUAUGGAUUUUAAGAUACUUGGACAUCUGCAUCUUCAGCUUACAAGAUCUACAAAGCAUCUGAAAAGUAACCAAAUUAUUUUUUGCUGAAAUUAGAUGUUUUUACAUGAGAAAUACUGUAUGUGUUGUCUGUGUCGUCAGUUUUAUAAAUCUAUUCAGAUUUCAUUCUUUGUUAGCUCACUUUAUAAUUUGUAUUUUUUUACUGUAUAGACUAAAUAUAUUCUAUUUACAUGUAUGUCAACUCAUUACUUUUUUCCUGUGAACAGUAUUGAAAAAAACCGAACAGCUGAUAAUUAAAUGAAUUAACUGUCUCUCUCCCUUGUCUUAGGGUUUUCUGUGUAGAUCAAUUGCAGAUUUCUUAAACCUGAAUGAUCUUUACACUGUAAUUCUCAGUAUACUGAUUAUGGAAAAACACUUGUUUUGAUUUUGUUAUACUUGACUUAACUUUAUUGCAAUGUGAAUUAAUUGCACUGCUAAGUAGGAAGAUGUGUAACUUUUAUUUGUUGUUAUUCACAUUUGAAUUUUUUUCUGUAUAGGCAAUAUUAUAAUGACACCUUUUACAGAUCUUAAUGUAGCUUUUCCAUAUAAAUAAAAUGCUUUUUCUACUA